GCCUUGUGGAUUCAGAGACACCAGCAAACCGAGAACCGUUGACAAGCAUCGUUAUCCUCACGCACCAGCAACAAAACCCCAAAUAUAAUCCAAAAUAUGACAUUCUUAACGAUACAGCAGAAACAACCCGUGAUUUGACAACUUCUGACAAACGAUUUACAGUCCGUUGGACGCUCGUAGCUGUAAACGUCCUUUCCAUCGUCAGCCCAUUGGCUGGCCUCCUCCUGCUCAAUAGCCAUGAUGCUUAGCAGCUCUGUCGAGGUGCCCAGUCCCGGCCACGGCGGCAUGUCCGGUCUCUCCGUGACGAGGGCGGCAGCGGUGGGGAACGUCGUCCGGUCCUCCAGUAUCUCGGGAGCCGUGUACAGCCUGGAGAAGAGUCCCGGCAGCGGCGGUGGGCAGGGAGAGGCGGGAACGCUGACCGGGAACAAGAAGAGACGAUCCAGCCUUGGAGCCAAGAUGGUGGCCAUUGUGGGGCUGUCGCAGUGGAGCAAGAGUACCCUGCAGCUCAACCAGCAAGAAGAACGAGUGAAGAAGCUGCGUGGUACGAUCCGGCGGAGCACGGAGACGGGCAUCGCUGUGGAGAUGAGGAACCGGGUCACGCGACAGGGCAGUAAGGAGUCCACCGACGGCAGCACCAACUCCAACAGCUCUGACGGAACGUUUAUCUUCCCUCCCACUCGCAUGGGUCCAGAGAGCCAGUUUAGUGACUUUCUGGAUGGACUAGGCCCCGCCCAGAUCGUAGGCCGACAGACACUAGCCACACCCUCCAUGGGUGACAUCCAUGUGGGUAUGGUGGACAGAGGAGGCCAGCUAGAGGUGGAGAUCAACCAGGCCAGAGGACUGACCCCUAAACCAGGGUCAAAGAACAUCCCAGCGACCUACGUGAAGGUGUAUGUGUUGGAGAAUGGGGCGUGUCUGGCUAAGAAGAAGACCAGAGUGGUGAAGAAGACUCUAGACCCGUCCUACCAACAGGCCCUGCUGUUUGAAGAGAGUCCUCAGGCCAAAGUCCUCCAGGUGAUUGUGUGGGGUGACUAUGGGCGGAUGGACCACAAGUGUUUCAUGGGCAUGGCUCAGAUCAUGCUGGAUGAGUUGGACCUUGGUGCCACGGUGAGCGGAUGGUACAAGCUGUUCCCCACCUCGUCUCUGGCUGACAUCGGACCCCUCACACGACGACUGUCCCAGUCCUCACUGGAGAGCUGUGCCACCAGCCCCUCCUGUAGCUAGACAGAGAGAACUAUAUAGUACACACACACACACACACACACACACACACACACACACACACACACACACACACACACAGAUCCUCAGAUCCAUCCCCAUAACUACGUCAGAUAACAUGAUUUACCAGAGCAUAGCAUUAUAGUAGCGUUACCUACUGCCCAAUAUCCCUGUCCCCUGCCCCCUGUCCCGUCACAGAAUCCCUGUCCCGUCUCAGAAUCCCUGUCCCCUGCCCCCUGUCCCGUCUCAG